AUGAUUAGAUUUGAUCGACCUUAUUUAUUAUUAUUAUUUAUAUUUAUAAUACUUGGUUGUUCAAUUCAACAUGUUCAGUCACAACCCACAUUACCUCAAGCAGAGUUGGAAUCACUUGUAUGGCUAUCAAAACAAUUUAAAUUAGGAUGGCCUAUUACCAAUAUAACAUCGGUUUGUUACACUAUUUGGGGUGUUACAUGUCAGUUGUACGAGAAUGAUACUGUGUUUCAUGUCACUUUUAUAGAACGAGUAGGAGAUGGUGUAUUUCAAGGGACACCUGAUCCUAUCAUUGCACAAAAACUAGAGUUCCCAAUGCUCGAACAAAUAUUCAUAACUUGUGGAGUGACUGUGAGUGGAUACAGUGUUGAAAAUAAUUCUACUCUAUUAUCAUAUAUGACAGGAUUACCAUUAUUAGAAACUAUAUACAUCAGCAAAUGUAACAACCUACACAACCCACCUAUUACUUUUCCUUAUGGAUUACCAUCUUUAACAACUUUACAAUUAGAUACAGUUGGAUUGAUACAUGUACCAUCAUCAUUUUUCAAUACAUCAUCAAUUAUAACUUUAAAUAUCAUACCUAAUAAUGAGUUACAAACGAUUGAUUUUGCAGAGAAUUCUAAUGUAUUGUACUUUAGAACAACGAUUCCAGUCCUACCAAACGAAUCAAGAUCAAUUCACAUUAAACAAAAUCACUUUCUUCCUCUUUCACUCAUUGCUUUAUACUCUCCCAACUCUGGUUCAGUCAGUAUCAAUGUUGAAGCUCAGGUAACCAAUUUGGUUGUAUCAUGUCCCGAUUCAACCAUUUCCUAUUUAAAUUCAACUGGUGCUCAAUCUCUUACACUCAAUGGUUUAUUUGAUCAACAAAAUGUAUAUUUUGAAUCAAACAAGUUUCCAAAUCUAAAUUCAUUACGUAUACAGACUUUGGAACACUCUGAUAGAACCACUCAAUUACAACUCUACAUUACAGCAUCUAAAAUAACCAAUAUCAACUUGAAUGGUAUUCAUGCUAAAGUUAUGGCAUUACCUUUGUUACUUGAAACUUUUUCAUUUGCAACACAAAAUUAUAUUGGUGAUUUCCUAAGUCCAUAUGAUUUACUGCUUGGUUGUACAUCUUUAUUUGUUGUGACAUUUGAUUAUAUGACCCAAUUAGUUUCAUUGGGACCAAGUGUAACAAUUGUCAAUUGGAGUUAUAUGAGUAAUACAUUGGCAUUGCCAGACACCAGUAAUUUCUUUUUACCAAACGUACAAUACCAAUCUGUUAAAAUGGCAUCGGCAAGUACUAGUGUGACAGGACCUGUACCACAGUUUCUUUCAUUUAGAGAUCGUGGAUCUUUUGAUGUCAGUAAAUCAACCAAUGUCAAUGGAGUUGUUCCAGAUUCAUAUUGUAACCUCUACGACCUAAAUAUUGAAUCAACAAGUAUCACCGAUGUACCAACUUGUUUUAAAUGUAAUUAUGCUGGUUUCACAGGCAUCAUUAAAUUACCACAAGCCAUUAAAAAUACAAUCCCUUUAAAUUAUUUUUGUCCAACAAGGUUAUUUACCUCUACGUAUUUGUUUACAGUUGAACCUCUAGAUUCAACUCAACAAAUAGAACUAGUGGGAGAGAAUCUUGGUUAUGGACACACCAACAUUACAGUCAUUCAUCCAAUGACCAAUAUGGGGUUCACAAUUCCAAAUGUUCACAAGAAACCAAGAAGUUUGAUGAUCACUUUUGGAAAUUUAAAAAACUAUGGAGGAAGUGGUAUAAAUUCUGUUACUCAUACUAUCUCUUGGUAUUUAUUUUAUAUUACUAGUGCAAAUAUUAUUCCAAUUGGAAAUACAUAUAGUUUUGAAUUGAUUGGAUUUUUUGAUGUUUCACAACCAAAUGCUACCAUUAUGGGGUCUUUUAAUUGUCAAAUAACAAGUUUCAAUACAACCUAUAUCUUGUGUUCAGUUGCACCAAAUCCACCUCUCGUCUUGGCCAGUCUCAUCGAUAUUACUUUGUCAGUAUAUACAAAUAAUACAGUUUAUACAAUGAAUUUACCUAAUUUAACCAAUCCAAUUGUUAUUAAAAAUACAGAAUUUACACAAUCAAUGGAUGGAACUACAUAUGUUGUUGUUGGAUAUGAUACUAUAUUGAUUAAUCAAACACUUGAUCCAUUUACCUAUGAAAUUCAAGUGGAUGGUUAUUUUUGUAGCGCUGAGAGACUGACACCACAGUUUUUAGGUUGUCUCUUACCUACUAUUUUAAAAGAUCAACAACAAUAUACUGUAAAGGUAUCAAAACUAAAUAAUGCUCCAUGGAAUAGUGUUUCAUUACCAUUUUAUCAAAUAUUUAAACAAGCAUACCCAUAUGUAACAUCAAUACCAGAAUAUUAUACAAAUGAUACAAUUAUAACAAUUUAUGGUAAUUUUGGAACAGAUCAUUUUGACAGUUCAAUCAUUACCAUUCAAUCUGUAAAUUGGACCUAUGUGAAUGGUAAUGCAAGUUUUUUAACUUGUCAGUAUAAUUUGGAUACUCCUAUUACACCUGGUGUAAAGUCAUUGGUUAUCAAUACUCAAGGAUGGAUAUUUAAAAGAGAUUCUAUGAUUGUUUUUAAAACACCUCCCAACAACAAUGGUAGUAGUACCACGACGACGACUACUAGUAGUACGACAACUGAUAGUCAAGAAUGUCAAUGUGGUUUACAUGGAUAUUGUAUAGUGUUGAAUGGAAUAAGACAAUGUCAAUGUACCGAUGGUUACAGUGGUGAUCAAUGUCAAAAUGCACCAUAUCCAGGAGGAGAAAUGACAAUCAAUACAACCACACCAUCAGCAUCGUUCAACACUAGUGAUGGUGAAUCAUUUUCAUUUAACCUAGUUUCAAUUCAAGAACUAGGAAUGGAUGGACAAAUUAUUAAAGAAAUGACUACAUUCCAAUGGACAGUCAUUCAAAAUAUCUCAAUGGAUGAAAAUAAUAGUCAACGUCAAUUAAGAAUAGUAACAUAUAAUCUAAAUUCAACAAACAAUAAUAAUAAUCAAAAUCAAAAUCAAAAUAAUGUUUCAAUUCAAGUUAUAUUACAACAAUCAAAUUAUGAUAGAAUAGUUGAAUUUGCAGGUGUAAAUAGUAGUUUGGUAGCCAAUGAUAUUAAAUUGGCAAUGAAUAUAUCAUCUUGGAUUUAUGAAUCCACUUUGAAUUCACUACGUGUUGUAUUUCAAAGUGAUAUUGGUCAAGGAGAGGAUUGCAAUGGUAACAAAAUCAAUCCAACUAUUGCAUCGGAAUUUGAUUCUCAAUCGGUGGAAUACCUUCAAAUUGUAAAGGGUAAUAUUAUCUUUAAUGGCAGAUUUGUGGAUCGUGUCCUUUCAGAUCGUCGAGUAUCCUAUUCUAGAAAUGAAAUAGUCAGCCUCACCAAUUCAUCCAUAUCCAUCGGUAUCCAUCUACCAUUUGCAAACUUUGAAUCCAUCAUUGACCCCGAUUUUAGUUUGCUGGUCUCACAUGACAGUGAUGCCACAUCCAAUUGCAACCGGUCAACCUCAUCCAACACUUGGAAGAUUAUCGUUGGAGUGGUGGUUGGUGGUAUAGCAGCCAUUGCAUUGAUUGGUGCAGCUGCCAAAUACUUGCAUUUCAAACAUAAAAAGAAUAGACAAGAUCAACAUUUACAAGCUAAAUUAAAAAGAUUAAAUGAUUAA